UGUUACUUUUCCUUUUCCCAAAACCUUCAUCCACACUUCUCUCUCAUCAAAGGAACACAUCUUUUGUUGGUUUUUUGGUCUUCUUGCACCAAGUUAUGUUAUUUGGAUUCUUGUUAACUGGAUUACAUAAAACCUCAAUUGGUCUUUUGUCUUGCUUCACAUCAUACUAACAAAAAAAGGGUUCUUGCCUUCUUGGUGCAUUCUUCAAUCUUUUAUCUUUAACAUCUCUCCAAUGGCUUCUUCAUUAAACUCCAUUAUUUUGCCUGGUUAUUUGACUUCUUUUAAAGAAACUUUAAUAAACCCAAAUGGGUCUCUUUCUUCUUCAGUUUUCCCCACUGAUUUGACCCAAAGAUCACAGCUUUUUUCAGAUCACAAGGGUUUAACUUCAAGUUCUUGGAAUGCCAAAACCCCUGUUCUUGCACAUGCUUCAAUAUGUGUUAGCAAAUCAAUGAGAUGGUGGGAAAAGACAUUAAAGCCCAACAUGAUUGAGAUCAAUUCAGCCCAAGAGUUUGUGGAUACACUAUCAAAUUCAGGGGAUAGAUUGGUCAUUGUGGACUUUUAUUCACCUGGUUGUGGUGGUUGUAAAGCUCUAUAUCCCAAGAUCUGUCAAUUAGCUGAGUCAAACCCUAAAGCAAUUUUCCUCCAAGUGAACUAUGAAGAACUCAAACCCAUGUGUCAAUCUCUCCAUAUUCAUGUUCUGCCAUUUUUUAGAUUCUACAAAGGUCAUGAGGGCAAGAUUUGCAGCUUUAGCUGCACUGUUGCAACUAUCAAGAAAUUCAAGGAUGCAUUAUCAAAGUACAAGCCAGAUGGAUGUAAUCUUGGUCCAGCUAAAGGAUUAGAAGAGUCUGAGCUGUUGACUUUAGCUUCAAUUGGUCAAAUUUCUUAUAAUUUGCCAUUAAAGUCAACUGAGGUUGAUUUGGAUCCUAAGAAAAUGAACCCAUCCAGCAAGAAUUUGCUUCUUGCAUAGGUUUUAGAUGCUAGUUUGAAAACAGUGUCUUUGCAAGAAUUUACUUGUUUAGGUUUUAGAUUAAUCUAUCCGAACCCUAAUGGGUCGGGUCGGUGGGCAUUUAAGUGGGCUUGCUAUAUUUUUAGUUGAUGGACAAGCCCUACUUGUUUGAUGUUUGUUCAGUUUAUUAUUGAAGAUUGUAAUUUGUGAUUGACUAGACCCGUGCGUGUUGCGGCGCGGGUACAUCAUAAACAUCGAAUCGAUUAGUUCAAUCGUUA